AUGUUCAGCUCAGCAGGAUAUGAGUUCCAAUCUCGUCAUACCAUUCAACUCAUAUUAGUUACAACGGCCCGAAGCCGAAUAAUCUGUUCUGCUACAUGUAAUGAACAACCGGCCUGUCAUACAUUCGAUUAUGACUCGGCUUCGGGUCGCUGUCGACUUUUCGAAGCAGAUCAAACGGUUGGAUCGAUUAUUGCAUCCACCUCACUCACAUCAGUAGUCGGCAACGUUCUCAUUUCACAAUCACAAUUCGAUCAUACGUAUAAUCAGUCUUGUGAAGCAUGCCAAGAAGAUAGGUAUCAAUAUUGUUCAAUCAAUGGAAGUACCUGCCAAUGUCGAUCGCACACAUUCUGGAAUGGUUCAGUCUGUUUAUUACAACUCUUUGAAAACGAUACUUGUUCACAAGCUGAUGCCUGUCGAACAGAUUUUAAUCUUAUUUGUGCAAUAGAAAAUGGACAAUUCUCUGUUUGUACAUCAGGUUUUACAUCGCUUACUUCUACUAUGAUUACUACUAAUCACAUCAACAUCAUCACUGCGACUACUACUGCUGCUAUCAAUGCGAUCGCUACUACUAUCACUAAUACCACUGCUACCAAUAUUAGUACAGGAACAAAUGCAUCCACCAGUAUCGCGACUACAACUACAACCACUGGUACUGAAAUCACCACUGCUAUCAGCAUUAGUACUGAAACAGCCGCAUCCACCAGUAUCGCGACUACAACUACAACCACUGGCACUGAAAUCACCACUGCUAUCAAUAAGAUCACGACUGCAAUUGCGACAACUGACAUUGAAAUCACCACUGCUAUCGAUAAGACCACGUCUGCAAUUGCAACAACUCACAUUGAAAUCACCACUGCUAUCAAUAAGAUCACGACAGCGGUUACUACCGCUUCCACGAUUAUUCAACCAAAUAUAUCAACAGUUGCUGGUUUUUACAAUGGAUCCUGUCCAACGUCGAGUGCAAAUUUGACAGUUCUUCAUACUCAAGGGGGAAUAGCUGUGUCUAAAAACGGAACACUCUAUGUGGGUGAUGGAGCAUCUCCUUAUGCUCUUCUUGCUUUUGAGCCAAAUAAUCUUACAGCUAAACAAAUAUUCACAUAUAGCAAUUGGGCAGCAUACCUAGCUAUUGAUCCUGUAACAUCGUCAAUAUACGCGACAGUAUUCAAUCAGAACUCCGUAGUAAUCUGGCCAUCAAAUCGAACUAUUCCUAAAAUUCCUUCACCAAACUGUUCUGAUGUGCUCCAUCUGUACAAACCAACUGGUAUUUUCAUUGAUUCUCUAGGUAAUAUUUACAUCACUAGUAAAUGGUGCAACUGGGUAACAAAAUGGAAUCCAAAUGCUACUAAUGCGACACUUGUAGCUGGGUCACUAACAGCGGCAUCAGGCAGUGAUAGUCAACAUUUGAACACGCCAUACGGCUUGUUUGUUGACGAAAUACAUUCAUUACUUUAUGUAACCGAUGCUGUGAAUAAUCGCGUGCAAAGAUUCGCUUUGGGCAAUUUAACUGGUGUGACUGUUGCUGGUGGAAACGGCGUAGGAACUGCAUCGAACCAACUUAACUAUCCAUCAGCCAUUCAUAUCUCUCAACGGGAUAAUUCAUAUUAUAUUUGCGACUACUACAAUAAUAGAAUACAAAGAUGGGCAAUAGGUGCAACAUAUGGUGUCACGAUUGCUGGAAGCAGCACAGGUGUAGCGGGCAACGCACUGAAUUUACUUAAUGCUCCAUAUGAUAUAUGGAUCGAUCCAAAUGCUACAUACAUGCUUAUAUCAGAUUCCAGUAAUUGUCGUGUGCAAAAAUACCUUCUUUAUUAA